GACGUCAGAGCCCGACAAUGUCGGACCGGGCCGGCAACCGUCACGUCAGACACGUUCUACGCAUGUGCGGGGGGGUGUUGCCUCCUCGCGUCUAGCGUUGCCGUGGAGUGAAAGCUCCUCCGGUCCUCCCGAGCGUUACUUCGGGCGCAGCAGCAUCGGUGCGGAGCAGCAGGCGGACGCGCAGCGGACAUGUCAGAGAGCGGGAGCCAGGAACCCCGCGGCGCCGCGAACGGCAACGGCCCGGCGGCGAGAGCCCCCAUACCGCCCGUUGGCAACAAAGUGACCGUGGUGCUCGGGGCUCAGUGGGGCGACGAGGGGAAAGGGAAAGUUGUCGACCUGCUGGCGCAAGACGCGGAUAUGGUGUGCAGAUGUCAGGGCGGCAACAACGCGGGACACACGGUGGUGGUGGACUCGGUGGAAUACGACUUUCACCUCCUCCCCAGCGGCAUCAUCAACCCCAAUGUCACCGCCUUCAUCGGCAACGGUGUCGUGAUCCAUCUGCCAGGCCUGUUUGAAGAGGCGGAGAAGAACGAACGCAAAGGGAAAGGGCUCAUUGAGUGGGAGAAGAGGUUGGUCAUCUCAGACAGAGCACAUAUUGUGUUUGACUUCCACCAGGCAGUUGAUGGUGUUCAGGAACAGCAGAGACAAGAGCAAGCAGGCAAGAACCUGGGGACAACAAAGAAGGGGAUCGGUCCUGUGUACUCAGCCAAAGCAGCGCGCAGCGGCCUCAGGAUAUGUGACCUGUUGGCUGACUUCACUCAGUUCUCUGAAAGGUAUAAAAGUUUGGCCCAGCAGUACAAGGCCAUGUACCCCACUCUGGAGAUUGACACCGAAGGAGAGCUUGACCGGCUAAAGGACUACGGGCAGCGGAUCAAGCCCAUGGUGAAAGACGGCGUGCACUUCAUGCACGAGGCUCUUCACGGCCCUCCGAAGAAGAUCCUGGUCGAAGGCGCCAACGCCGCUCUGCUGGACAUCGACUUCGGGACGUAUCCUUUCGUGACCUCGUCUAACUGCACGGUGGGCGGGGUGUGCACGGGCCUCGGGAUGCCGCCUCAAAACGUGGGGAACGUUUACGGGGUGGUGAAGGCGUACACCACCAGGGUCGGCAUCGGGGCCUUCCCCUCAGAGCAGAGCAACGAGGUCGGAGAGCUGCUCCAGACCCGAGGGAAGGAGGUGGGCGUGACCACGGGCAGGAAGAGGCGAUGCGGUUGGCUGGAUCUGGUGCUCCUCAAAUAUGCACACAUGAUUAACGGCUUCACCGCAUUAGCGCUCACCAAGCUGGACAUACUCGACGUGCUGCCCGAGAUCAAAGUGGGCACAUCGUACAAAGUCGACGGCAAAACUAUACCUCAUUUUCCAGCCAAUCAGGAGGUGCUGCAGCAUGUGGAGGUCCAGUAUGAGACGCUGCCCGGCUGGAAGAGCGACACCUCAGCUGCGAGAAGCUUUGAGGAGCUGCCGGAGAACGCUCGGAAUUAUGUCCGCUACAUCGAGGAGCAAGUGGGAGUGCCAGUCAAGUGGAUCGGAGUGGGCAAGUCUCGGGAGUCCAUAAUCCAGAUGUUCUAGACGAAGGGAGGACCACGGCGAGCAAAGAGGAUGCACAUCAGCGGCUCAACCCCCCCAACCCGCCCGCUUCCUACACACACACACACACACACACACACACACAGCCUACCUACCUGGUCAUGCCAUGUCUGCUCUCAAUGCUUUAACACUGAAUCUUCAGACUGCGUCUCCAAAUCAGACUCCCUCUGCAUCGGGAUUUUAAAACUUCAUCGCAGCCUUUUAUUCCUGCCGCCCGUCGGGCCUGAAGGCGGACCGGAGGGAAACUGACUCAACACGCACACAAACGCACACACGGAGGAACUGUCCACCGACGUUUGGUCGGUCAAACUGUUCGAGUGUGUUUUAUCUUAAUGGAUGCGCUGUGCCAGUCUGGUGUAGAUCAGUUUUAACCGCCGCAAUUUAAAUGCUUUGGACUACCUGCUUUAUGUUUCAUUCUGCCAGGUGUACAACAACCUGACGCGAUAAAGGGAUCUUUUUAAUAUUUUUCAUGUGUUAUUGUCUUCUGGUGUGUGUGUGUCACCAGACUCCUCGUCGUUCAGCCAAAAGAUUUGCUUUCUUGUAGCUAGCGACUGUUUCCACUGAGCGCUGUUGAAGUGUUGACACACAUCCUCCCGUACUGUGAGACGACACACAUCCUGAGACAGCUUGUUUUUUGUUGUUGUUAUUUUUUUGGUUUAUUUUAGGAGGUGAGUUUUCCAUGAACAUAUACAGAAAUAUAACCGGUACAACUAAUCAAAUGUCAGCUGACAUACUUCAUAAUAAUAAUAAUCAUGUGAUUAUUUAUUUUUUCUUUGCACUUUCAAUAUCAUGUGUGUACAACAAGGCAACAGGAACUUUAAAAAAAAUAAUGUCAGUUGAUGGGUAAAUACUGUUUAUGGAUGUUGAUGUUGUCCAGGAUUCUGCCUUGGGUCCGAUGCAGAAAACCUCCCACUACUAUGACUUGGUGGCAUCAUUUAAAAAGCCUUAAUUAGCUAAAUUUGUGCUUUUUUUUUUUUUAGCAGUUGUACACAUAAACUUUAAAAGUGGCUAAAUCAAUUAUUGUUAUUGCAAUUAUUGAUUUGAUUUUUGACUGCCAGCAAUUGUGGCACAAUUAUUUAGUAAUAAUUAGCUGUGGUUUAUUCAGGGCCAACAUAAUAUCGUUUUUCAUUGUUUUUAUGCAAUCAGUUUCUUUUUUUGUCUUGAUACGGUUUGUUGAUAUGUGGAUUAGGGGGAAGGGUUACUGCGGCCAUCUACUAUUACGCUCUCACCGAUUCGGGGCCAGAGGCCGUUAUGUCCAAACAUUUAUUACUUAUGGCUCAAGCUACUUAAAUAAUGGACACUACAUUUAAUUAUAAAAAAAAAAAAAGACUUCUACUUCACUUAAAACACAGAACAUUGACGGCCUUAAGUUGACUGUCUUUAGGUUUGUGAGACUAAAACUGACUUUGAUAGUGCACAUGAAUGUGGCGUUAGACAGAAGACAUGCCGCUGCCUCCUGGAGAUUAACUGAAGUUAAAUUAAAAAAAAAAAACCUUUUUGUGGAAUAAAUGUCAGAUGUUUGCACACAGCUGUCGUGCCAAGUUUAAUUAAAGAAAGAUAUUUUGAGGAAGCAGCUAAAUCAUCACACAUUUGAUUGUUUUUUGUUUUCAUUCUAACACACAGUUGGGAAUAAACGUGAUGACUCGUAUGGGUGUGAUGGUGGAGGUUUCUCCUUUCAGUAUUUUGAAAGAAGUCAGUCGAUUUAGUCAAAUCAUUGAUUGAUAACUGGGAUAAAAGUCGUCUCUGUUGAGCUACUCGGUCUGACGCAUUCUUCUCAGGAUAUUGAUUGAAAGUGUUUUAACUCUAUGCUGUUUUUCUCUUGAGCUUGUGUGUAAUUGCUGAAACCAGUGGGACAGAACGCCAUGUACGCUCUCAGCAACCUUUAAAGUUAAAAGGUUUUCUGAAAGUUUAGCAAAGCUGCUCCUGCUGGUAAAGAAGUCACAGACUUACAUGAUGAAUGCUUCUCCGCUCAGCAGUAUGGUUGCUGUGACCUUGUCUGUAGCAGUAUGUUCUCUCUCUGAUGUGUUAUAAUGAACAUUUAUCCCUUUAAGCGCUCACACUGCCAACUUUUCACUGAAUCGUCUUUACAACCUGAAGAUCUGUGUCCUUAUCUGCCUUCUAUACUUUUGCAUUUGGAACCUUUCUUUUAGUCCCUCAUUGUUCAGCCCAUUUUAAUUUGAAAGGCAGACUUCAAUCUUGACAUCAGGUUUCAACUAAAUGAAUGUUUUAGUCUUUAUACGCACCAUAUUCACACAGAAUUCCUCAACGGGUAAAUUAUCAUGUUAACUCUUCUGUUUCAAUGCCGUGACAUGCAGUUAUUGCCUUUCUUGUUUUGUCAGUCAAGUCAUUUUCAUGUUGGAAAAAAAAACUUCACAUUUCCUGACAAUGUAUCCUGACCAGAUAUUUUGUGUCUUUGGAAGCUUUGGGAUUACCACUUGAAUUUGAAAUAAAGCUCUGUGGUUUUGAACAAC